AUGGCAAGUUUGGAAAGUGAACAACAAAAUGCUUUCGACCCUAGUUCUCACCCCCAAAUUGUUGAAGAAAAAUCAGAAAGAGAGAAGAAAAUUGAAGAGUGGCUUCCCAUUAAUGCUGAUAGAAAUGCAAAAUGGUGGUACUCAGCUUUUCACAAUGUCACUGCAAUGGUUGGAGCUGGUGUUCUUGGUCUCCCCUAUGCCAUGUCACAACUUGGAUGGGGUGCAGGGGUGACUUUACUUAUUCUCUCAUGGAUCAUCACACUAUACACAUUAUGGCAAAUGGUUGAGAUGCAUGAAAUGGUUCCAGGAAAACGUUUUGAUAGAUACCAUGAAUUAGGCCAACAAGCAUUUGGUGAAAAAUUAGGUCUUUAUAUUGUUGUGCCUCAACAAAUUAUCGUAGAAGUCGGUGUGGACAUCGUCUACAUGGUCACCGGCGGUGCAUCGAUCCAAAAAUUUCAUGACACAGUGUGUCCUGGUUGCAAAAAGAUUAAACUGAGUUUCUUCAUCAUGAUCUUUGCCUCCAUUAAUUUUGUAUUGGCUCAUCUACCCAACUUCAACUCUAUUUCUGGCGUUUCUCUGGUUGCGGCCGUCAUGUCAGUCAGUUACUCUAUAAUCGCUUGGGCGGCUAGUGUAGACAAAGGAGUACAAGAAGAUGUACAAUACACUUCCAAAGCUACAACAACGGUAGGAACUGUCUUUAAUUUCUUUAACGCGCUUGGCACGGUUGCGUUUGCAUAUGCCGGACACAAUGUGGUGUUGGAAAUUCAAGCAACCAUUCCAUCGACGCCCGAAAAACCAUCCAAGAUUCCGAUGUGGAGAGGAGUUGUCGUUGCGUACAUCGUCGUUGCUUUAUGCUAUUUUCCUGUUGCUAUUGUUGGUUAUUGGAUAUUUGGAAAUCAAGUUAAGGAUAACAUUCUCAUAUCUUUGGAGAAACCGGCUUGGCUUAUUGCAAUGGCUAAUUUAUUUGUUGUUCUUCACGUAAUUGGAAGCUAUCAGCUUUAUGCAAUGCCGGUGUUUGAUAUGAUUGAAAGUCUGAUGGUUAAAAAAUUGAAAUUUACACCAAGUAAACCUCUUCGUUUUAUUGUUCGCAAUCUAUACGUGGCUUUCACAAUGUUCGUUGCUAUUACAUUUCCAUUCUUUGGCAGUCUAUUAGGAUUUUUCGGAGGAUUUGCUUUAGCUCCCACAACUUAUUUUCUUCCAUGUAUCAUGUGGCUUGCGGUUUACAAACCCAAAAGAUUCAGUUUGUCUUGGUGGACUAAUUGGAUAUGCAUUGUGCUUGGAUUGUUAAUUAUGAUUCUAUCACCUAUUGGAGCAUUGAGGAGUAUUUUGCUUGAUGCCAAGCACUACAAGUUUUACCAAUAA